AUGCACAACGAUGUGACUGAUCACGCGCAGGGAGGGGACUCGCAGUCGGAAAGUGAGACGGAAGAGGAGCGGGAGCGUCCUAGUCGGCUCAAGGCUCGGGUGAAGAAGCUCUCUGUGAGCCUCAAUCAGCCGCCCCUCCAUGUUUGGGAAUUCGCGGAUCGGAAGACCAAAGCCCAGGUGGUGGCGGCAGCAGCUGCUGCAGCCCGUGUAUCCCUCAGUGGUGACAAGGGAAAGCAGAUCCACUCAGACAAGGCAGAAGCCACGCCUUUGGCAAGGUCAGCUAACAGCUCUCCUAAACGCCGUACUCCAGGGGGUGGCGGUCGUCGUUCUGUCUUACCUUCUCCGCGCUAUUUGACACCAAGCAUGCGGUCGGGCUUCACCACGCCCAGCGGAGCGGGGCGAGCAGCAGCGGCGGCGGCAGCAGCAGCGGCGUUCCAGGUGGAUCCCAUGGUGCUGGAGGCGUGGGAUGCGCUGCGGGUGUCUCAAGUGCUCUUCCGCGGCCGCCCUGUGGGCACCAUCGCCGCUCUGGACCCCUCUGAAACGGCUCUUAACUACGACCAGGUGUUCGUGCGUGACUUCGUCCCGAGUGCGCUCGCAUUCCUCAUGAACGGAGAGGCGGAGAUUGUGGAGAAUUUCCUGCUCAAGACACUGCGGCUGCAGCAAUCGUGGGAGAAGCGAGUGGACGUGUUCACCCUAGGAGAGGGCGUGAUGCCGGCGUCGUUCAAGGUGCUGCAUGACAGCCGGCGAGGCGUGGACGUUAUGAUGGCCGACUUUGGCGAGAGCGCCAUUGGGCGUGUGGCGCCUGUGGACAGCGGCUUCUGGUGGAUCAUCCUGCUGCGCGCUUACGUCAAGGCCACAGGUGACCAGUCUCUUGCAGACUCCCCGGACUGCCAGCGUGGCAUGCGGCUCAUUCUCAGCCUGUGCCUGGCGGAUGGGUUCGAUACCUUCCCCACGCUUCUGUGCGCCGAUGGAUGCUCCAUGAUCGAUCGCCGCAUGGGCAUCUACGGGUACCCUAUCGAGAUCCAGUCCAUGUUCUUCAUGGCGCUGCGAGUGGCGCGCUGCCUGCUGCGUCCAGACCUGCCGGAGAACAAGGAGCUGCUGGAGCGCAUUGACAAGCGCCUCAUGGCGCUCUCCUACCACAUGCGCACCUACUUCUGGCUGGAUCACGAGCAGCUGAACUGCGUGUACCGAUACAAGACAGAGGAGUAUUCACACACGGCAGUGAACAAGUUUAAUGUCAUCCCAGAGUCCAUCCCUGACUGGCUCUUCGACUUCAUGCCGCUCAAGGGGGGUUACUUCAUCGGGAAUGUGUCGCCUGCACGCAUGGACUUCAGGUGGUUCGCCCUUGGAAACUGCAUGGCGAUUGUGUCAUGCAUGGCAUCACCAGAGCAGGCAGAAAAAAUCAUGGACCUGAUAGAGGAGCGCUGGGACGAGCUGAUGGGGGAGAUGCCGCUCAAGAUUGCCUAUCCUGCUCUCGAGAACCAUGACUGGCGGAUCACCACAGGCUGCGACCCUAAGAACACCCGAUGGAGCUACCACAACGGCGGCUCAUGGCCAGUGCUGAUUUGGAUUCUCACUGCCGCGAGCAUCAAAGUGGGCCGGCCCCACGUGGCACGGAAGGCCAUUGAAGUGAUUGAGAAGCGCCUUGGCAAAGACGGUUGGCCCGAGUACUACGAUGGGAAACUGGGUAGGUAUGUCGGGAAGCAGGCACGGAAGCACCAGACCUGGAGCGUGGCAGGCUAUCUCGUUGCCAAGAUGAUGCUAGAGGAUCCCAGCCACCUUGGGAUUAUUGCAUUGGAGGAAGAGAAGAAGCUUCAGCAGCCUGCCCUCACACGUUCUCGAUCGUGGAAGGUUUAA